UCAUCAUUUUAUUGUCUAUCCUGAUAUUUCUUAUCUAAAUGUCGAAGUACAAACAUGUCAAAGUACAAACAUGUCAAAGUACAUGGAUUUUAUAUAAUAUUUCAACUCCAAAUUAAUAUUUGGAGUUUCUUUUUUCCACCAAGAAGUAGACUAUAUGUAAUGAUAGGUUAAAGAACUAUUAUGGUCAUAGAUGAAGUAAUAUCAUGAGAUAAUCUGCAUGCUUUCACUCACUGCACUUCACUGGCUUCACUGCAUUUCUCGAGCUGCUGAUCUUACAUCUGGAGGAUAUUAUCGCUGUUCAAACUAAAUGCACCUCGUUUCUUACAGAUUCAUAAAAUCUCAGUCUUUGUUCUGGAGUUUUAUUGUGCGCUGUUAGAGUGUUUAAUCUGGUGGGUUUGUUGCUUCCUGUUUUGUAUUAUUGUGGUUGCAGCUAAAAAUAUCAGUACGCGAGAUGGAGAGACUUUAGUGUUUUCCUUUCUUUUUCUCUGCUUCUUUUUAGUCGUUCUCAUUGUAAAUACGGCAGAAAACCGCUUUAAAUAGUAGAAUUUAAAUCAACUUGUUAGUUUAAUGAGUCUAAAGUUUGCUAAGUCUCCGAUAGCUAGCGGACUAGCACGCUACGCUAGCUGACCACCAAAUAUCUUUACACGAUGUAAACAUACGGGAAAACAGUCUGCAUUUUUUAUUUUAUUUUAUUUCUUUUUUUGGUUUUAAUCUGUCGGAAAACAUCUCCAGGACCGACUCCGGAGAGCUCAAAGCUUCUCAGCCUCCGUCAGGAUAUGUGCCAGAAUAUGCCGUGACGUGUCGGCCAGGCUGUGAGCGUGAACAGGGUCCCGUAAGGUAACAUUUCCCCCUCAGCUGUGGAUAGAGAAGGACAUGGACAGCUCAGUGACCCUGUGGCAGUUCCUGCUGCAGCUCCUGUUGGACCCCAGCAAUGACCAGCUUAUCUGCUGGACCAACGAGGAUGGCGAGUUCAAACUGUUACAGGCCGAGGAGGUGGCCAGAUUAUGGGGUGCCCGCAAGAACAAACCCAGCAUGAACUAUGACAAGCUCAGCCGGGCUCUGCGUUACUACUAUGACAAGAACAUUAUCAAAAAAGUAAAUGGGCAGAAGUUUGUGUAUCGUUUCGUGUCGUACCCUGAUAUCCUAAAGGGGGAUGUGAUGGCAAGAACAGAGGGUGCAGACGGGGGCUCUGCCGGACCUUCGCCCCUCUCCGACAAACCUGCAAACAUCCCCAGGGAUAAAGACAGCAAAGCCGCUUCAGACCGAGGUGCCGGCCCACCGGGUCAGGCCAAAGCAUCCAGCCGGAAUGACUAUAUCCACUCCGGCUUGUACACAUCCUUCACUUUGACUUCUUUGCAGUCAGGAACACAACUUUUUAAAUCAAUGAAGAUUGAGAACCCAGGAGAAAAGCUAAUAGACAAAAAGGCAGGCCAGGAGUCUCCCCAGCCAUCCACAGUCAUUAAAUUUGGGACCAUGCCACAGAAUAGAAUCACCACUCCGUCUGCUAUAGGGAGGCCUGAACUUCCGACACAACCCGUCCAAGCUCCACUGCCCUCUCCGACAGAAAAUGAGACCAAACAGAGCACCGUUUCACAUGUUGUGUGUGCGUUUGUGGAGAAUCCCACUUCAGAGAAUGCCAUGACGGGCUUCCCGCUCUCAAGAAUCUCUCCUUCACUGCUCCCUCGUUCCCAGUCGCCCUCUUCUUCUCCAAUGACUGAUUCCCAGGAGCUGGUGAUUGACAGUGAAAUUGAGUCCCUCUCCUCACAGCCUUCAGAGUUACAGUUGCAGGUCCAGCCCUCCUCUGUUUCCAAGGACACAACACCAGCUUCUGAGAUGUCCGAAUCUCCACCCCGCAAUCUCAGCGGAAAGUCUAAGAAACCCAAAGGCUUGGAGUUGAUGCCCACGCUGGUGGUGACCAGCUCUGACCUCAGCCCACUCAAUCUGUCCAGCCCCUCCCUCCCAACAGCCUCUCUCACCCCAGCCUUCCUGCAGACACCCCUGCUGCUCACCCCCAGUCCUCUUCUGUCGAAUAUCCACUUCUGGAGCACCCUCAGCCCGGUGGCACCCCUCAGUCCCGCCCGGAGACAGGGCGCACAUACCCUCUUCCAGUUUCCUUCUGCCCUGAGUUCCACGCAGUUCUCUGUUCCCGUAUAUAAUUUAGACGGCACCAACACGCCUGGCCCUCUCUCACCCGACCCACAGAAGACAUAAGAGGGGGACGAAAACCGACACACUUCAUCUUUGCCUCAUGUUCUUGAUUGAUAAAAUGCAGAUUAACCUUAUUUUGUUCACCUGAACUGGUCCUUUUCAUGAAAAAAGAUUUAUGACCAUCGUUUAAGCAUCAAGAGCAUCCAUUAGACUCUUGAACCUGUCACAAAUACUUUUCCUCACGAGGUAUAUCAAGCCAUUAUAUAGUGUCUGCAGGACACUGUAAAUCUUUCAUUUCUGUUUUUUAAUGCACUGGUCUUCAGGGAUUGGCUCUAGUGUGACUUAAGCAGAUGGCUGUUGAUCUCCACAGCUGCCAAAAUGGGCAUCAUGUGUGUGCUUUACCAUUGUUUGACUGGGAUCCUGAUUGAAUAUCCUUGUGUUUUUUUUUUUUUUCUCGUGGCGCUUAAGAUUUCAAUCAGACAAGGAAGAGAUUCUCGCAUGAUGUCGACAUCAUGUGUUUGUACAGCCAGAUCCCUGUUCUGCAUCGGAUACAGAGGGAUCGUUUUGUACAUAAUCCAGCAAGUUCACCUCGUCUCAACUCAUGUUUGCCUUUUGUUUGGGAAGUCCUCAAACAAACCUGCCUUGCCAAGCCAAACUGCCCCUUUGCCUUGUGAUUUUGAUAAUGGUGACCUCUGUUUUAUCUUGUACCUUUUCUCAUGCUGCACUUACUGCCAUGUGUUUAAAGUGUUUCGUCACAAUAACCACACUUAGAACAGCACUUAUAUAAAAACAAGCUGCACUUACUAGGGCUUUUGCGCCUACUUAUGUUUACUCGAAUUUCUGUCCGCUUCUGAGUGUCGCUUGAUUCGUUUCAAGAUAGUGCACAAAUUUUGGUUUGUAAGUGAACAUUAUAAAGGAACUCAGACCAUCUCAGAUGUCUGCAGCACCAGCACCGCUCCAGGCUCAUUUCCGGAUAAUUCCAAAUAUAAUUGGCCGUUACCGCUUAUUAUACAAAACUAAUGUCACACAGCUACUUUGGGACGCAGUUUGUGUACAGACCAAUUUUCUUAUUAUUGUGUCUGCAUCUUCAGUGCGUCACCUAGUAAAACUAACCGACUAGCUGGUGCAACUCGUGACAACAUUUUAAUGUGCGUUGUACACAAUGUAUCACAACCAGAAUCAGCAGAAGUCAAGGUUAUUUGGCAUAGUUCACCAAAAUUUUUAAUUCAUGUUGAUCCAAACCUGUACAUCUGUCUUUUCUUUCUGUGGAACGCAAUCUUUUGGAGAAUAUUUCAACUGUUGUCAUCUAUGAAACAACAUUGAACUCCAUUGAAUUUCAUUGUAUGGAUUGUAUGUUCCACAGAAGAAAGAAAGUCAUACAGAUUUGGACAUGAUAUUUCAUUAAUUUUUGGGUGAACUCUUUACGAAGAUGUCAUAUUCUUGAUGUAACCCUCAACAUUGAAAAACAGUGACAUCUUAAAACAUUAACCCCAACUUUUCUAGUGCUUUGACCAUGAUGCACUUUUUUGAGAGGGCAUUUAGUAGGCCAAAUUUGCCAUCACCCUUGUCGCAGUGCUUGAUGGCGACUGCUUAAUGAAGCGCGUUUCCAAACACGCCCCAAAGCCAUUGAACCAUUACCGUAACACCACCAGAUACGCCACUGUGGCGAUGCUUAUCAUGCAAAUCUUCUCAUAGAAACCAUUUCCCUUUUUUGAAAGACUGAAAGCCAUUAGGAAUGAUUUCAGUUGAGUGGGAAAACCCAAGGACUUGCUUUACUCCAAUAGACCAGCGAUUCACCAUUAAGCUAAUGGAGCGUACUCGGCGUACAAUGGAAUGGAACGGCACCGUCUCAGCGCUUAAUCCCUCAUCCCACCAUUAGGAUGGUUGGAUUGGUGGAGAUCAGUUGGAUGCGUACCGUAACUGGACGGCUGUCUGUAGAGCUCAGGCCAAAUGCUCAAAACCAUUCCUGCAUUUGUCAGCUUUCCCGGUGUUGUGCAAGAUUCAAUCCCCCCAGCAGAAUACAAUCUACCCUGGACAACAAGCCGAAGCUGUUUGUAAUGCCCAGCCAGAAGUGUCUGUCCUGUUGUAGCUGGUUGGCUCAGUCCAGUUAACCCCUGCUUGGUAGAUUAUACCAUAUAUCCUUUUCCAUUGGUGGUUUCUUUGAAUUCAACAAAUACAUUUCAAAUAUGGCAUUUGUUCAAUACAUUGCCAUUUUGGGGGGCUCCAGGCUUUUAUAAUUAUUUCUUUUAAUGAUUAACACAACAAGAAUUAAAAUUUUCUGAUAAUUUAGUCACCCCCAUGUAAUCCAAGAUGUAUGUGUCUUUCUUUCUUCAUUCGAAAGGACUGCGUCGACCUUUCCAGCUUGAUUACGUAACGCGUGGCGCAUCGCAGAGCAGUGCAAGACGAGCAUUUGUGGUUAAAAUGUAUAUAAAUUUUAAUUUACGUUUAGAAAAUGACCAAUCGUU